UCCACAUUCGAAGCUCCGAUGGAAUGGAGUAUCAAGUGGAGGAGCAGACGAUGGUGCAGCAGUCUACGUUCGUCCAGGGAUUGUUGAAGUCCCCCAACGUCAGAGAGAAUGGGAUCACGAUUCCCAAUGUCAAUACCAACAUUCUCGCCAAGGUUCUGAACUACUGUGAGAAGCACGCCGAGACCGCCGACAAGGUUGAGCUCGAAAGCUGGGAUGCUAAGUUCGUUGAUGUGGAGAGCCACAUUCUCUACGAUCUCAUCAUGGCUGCUGACACUCUUGGCAUCAAUAGUAUCAUGCACCUUUGCUGCAAAAAGGUUGCAGAAUUGAUCAAGGGGCUCACUGCCGAUGAAAUUAGGGGAAAUUUCAACAUCCAGAAUAACUUCACCCCAGAAGUAGCAGAAGCAGUAAGGAUGGAGAACCUGUGGGAAUUUUAAAGAAGGUGGCAGUUGGUGUUGCGUUAAUAAAAGAA